AUGGCUACAGAAGAACAGGAGAGAGGCAACCCACACUUGCCCCCUCUUUUUUUCAAGCCGGACAUCAUGCACGCAACAACAACGGAUCCAGCACCCUCCGAACCGGCUGUAUCAUCACCCACAGUCGACACGGAAUCCAACGACUUUUCUACUUCCAAACCGCUCCGCACAGGACAUGGAAUCGUCAUCGCUAUCGACACCAAAAAGAUCCAGUCCAUCCGCGGCGUGCAGACCGUCCGAGCGGACUGGACUCUGCCAGAGACGAGCACACUCGUUGAAGGACUGCUUGCCGGCGUGAACAAGCAGGGAAAGGCGGACGUCAUACUCUCGGACUGCACGGUACAGACGUACGAGGAGUUCGUGGAGGAUCCGGUCCCGACGAUCCUCCAUUGUAAGAAGUUGUUUGAGUUUGCGAGGAGGCAUUUGUUGUCGGGGAGGACGGUUGGGCAGCCGAGGGGAGGUGUCCUUUUGUUCAAGGCGUUCCAGCACCCUAGGAUGUUCAGGUUUCGUAUGGAAUACCUGAAGCCGAACUUUGGCAGUGUCUAUUUCAUCCAGGCGCAGAGCAGCAGACUACACGAACACGAAGGCUACUUCUUGUGCCAAGGAUGGGACUUGAAGAAAGUGCUUUACUCUUAG